UAUAUGUUGGAGAUCGGUACAGAUCAUGAUCCCGGACGAGAUUUUACGAGAUCCUGUCCCGAAAUCCAGUGUUUUAAGCGACAAACGCGAGCCUAUCUUACCUAUUUACUUUAAUUCAGAAAAUACAACAAACAACUCAACAAAUACUUAUUUUAAAUACACUAUUAUUCAAACAAAUGAUUUAUCUUCAACAAAAAUUCCAGUAAACUACACAGAAAUUUACGAAAAUAUUUUAAACGAAAUUUCGGCUUACUGUAUAUCAGACAAGCAAUAUGAAGAAUUAUAUUCAAAUAAAUUAAGACCUGGGCUAGUUUCUUUGUUUUUCCAGUUGCUUUUAGACAAUGCUAUCAAGCAAAUCGGACUGAGCGAACUUCGUAAUUAUCUCAAGUUGAAAAAACAAAAAAUAAAUUUAAAUGGGACUGUUAAAGAAGAAUUUGAGGACAAAAACAGAACGGAUCCAAACAACACAUUACAUCUUAUACAAGAGACAGUUGGAUUAUUCACUUCAAACAGAAUUGAAAAUGAAAUAUUUUUGCCUGAAGAGGUGUCUGUUGGUGAACAAUUUUUGGACAGACAUUUUCCCCAAGUCAGAAAAUUGUUUAAAUUGAAAUUUGAAGAAAUGAACGUUGAAAAACUACCAUUUAAUAAUUCAACUAUGGACAAAGUACUUUGGGGAGUCAUGGGGACGGCAACUAGUAUUCAUCAAGCUUUUGUUAAAUCAAAUAUGAAAUCAACAAGUGUAAAUCCUCUUGGAGUUUAUAUGCAUAAUUGUUCUGACCCGAAUUUCUUCGAUGUGGAAAAGAUUCUACGAGAGCACAAAUUUGAGGAGAAAGGGAAAUAG